CUAACUUAUUGGGACCCGACCUAGUACAAGAAACUAUGGACAAGGUCCAGUUGAUCAGACAGAGAUUGCUUGCAGCUCAAAGUAGACAAAAGUCUUAUGCUGAUAAGAGAAGAAGAGAUUUAGUGUUCACAAUUGGGUACAAAGUGUUCCUACGAGUCUCCCCUAUGAAAGGUGUGAUGCGGUUUGGGAAAAGAGGCAAGUUGAGCCCCAGGUUUAGAGGACCAUAUGAGAUACUAGACCGAGUGAAAGCGGUGGCUUAUCGUUUGGCACUUCCUCCUAAGUUAUCUUUUAUUCACCCAGUGUUUCAUGUCUCAAUGCUAAGAAAAUGUAUAUCAAACUCAUCUCAGGUGCUUGAAGCACCAACUAUACUGCUUGAUGAGAAGUUGUCUUACGAGGAAGAGCCGAUGGCAAUUGUUGAUAGACAAGUAAGAAAGCUACGGUCAAAAGAAAUUGUGUUCGUAAAAGUUUUAUGGAGAAAUCAUGCCGCUGAAGAAGCUACUUGGGAAAUAGAGGAUAAUAUGCGAGUCAAGUACCCCUAUUUGUUUCAGUCUACAG